GGAGGCGUCCCGGGCGGCGGAGGCGGCGGCGGCGGCGGCGGAGGCUGAGGGGCCAGCUGGGGACCCGGCUCUCCUGCCGCUGACAGGACGGGAAGCCAGGAAGGAAGCCGGGAAGCCGAGCGGCGAGGUGGCGGGGGUCUGCCUCCCUCUCUCCCUCCCUCCGUCAUUCCCCUCCUGGCGCCCCUCGCUUGCCAAAUGGAUUACCCGCCCCUCUAUGUGAUGCUCUCCUGCUUGGUCCCUCUCCACUGGUGGCUGGCCCAAGGCAGAGGAGCCCGAGCCCAAGAGCUCCUCCUGUCUGGAAAACUAAGUGAAUAUGGUGUGAUUGUGCCCUUCAGUGCAGAUUGCCAGGGACGGUUCCUCUCGCACGUGGUGUCUGGCUCAGUGACAGCAAGGAGGGGGGAAACUGUUCAUCCUUCUGCUCCUCCACCUCGCUCAGAUCGGCGUAGGGUGGUCCGCAGCACCCCUGUGAACCAAGACAUGUCUGGGAACCAUUUAUACUACUUCAAUGUCACUGUUUUUGGCAAGGAAUUGCAUCUUCGCCUGAAGCCCAAUCGGCGGCUGGUGUCUCCUCGUGCAUUGGCUGAGUGGCAAGAGGACUUCCAAAAGAUCUUCCAGGAACCAUUGCAGAAGGAGUGCGUCUUCACAGGAAGAGUCUCAGGCAUGCCAGGGGCCAAGGUGGCCAUCAGCAAUUGUGAUGGGUUGGCAGGUCUGAUCCGAACAGACAACGGUGAAUUUUUUAUUGAGCCUAUGGAGCGAGGACAAUGGGCGAUGGAGAAGAAUGGGAGAGCCCAUGUGGUCUACCGCAGGUCUGCUGUCAAACGAGACAGACCAGAAGCAUUCAAGGACCAUCGUAAUGAAGUUCCAGGUUUCAGCUUGGGUCAGCUUCCAAACAGUCUGAACCUGGUUGAAGAGCAGGUUGGUGAAGCAGAUCGAAAGAGGCGCCAUGCCAAGAAAGAUGAUUACAACAUAGAGGUUCUGCUGGCCGUGGAUGAUUCAGUUGUACGGUUCCAUGGGAAGGAGCACGUCCAGAAUUACGUCCUCACCCUCAUGAACAUAGUAGAUGAAAUUUACCAUGAUGAAUCCCUAGGAGUUCACAUCAACAUUGUCCUGGUUAGAAUGAUCAUGGUGGGAUACAGACAGUCAAUCAGUUUAAUAGAACGAGGGAAUCCAUCUCGAAGCUUGGAGCAGGUCUGCCGAUGGGCUCAUUCUCAGCAGCGCUCAGAUCCCGAACAUGUGGAAUACCACGAUCAUGCUGUGUUCCUCACCAGGCAAGAUUUUGGUCCCGCAGGUAUGCAAGGGUAUGCUCCUGUCACUGGGAUGUGCCACCCUCUGCGCAGUUGCACCCUCAAUCAUGAAGAUGGAUUCUCCUCUGCAUUUGUGGUUGCUCACGAGACUGGACAUGUGUUAGGUAUGGAACAUGAUGGCCAAGGAAACCGAUGUGCCGAUGAGACCAGCAUGGGGAGUAUUAUGGCACCACUUGUGCAAGCAGCAUUCCACCGUUACCACUGGUCCCGAUGUAGCAAGCAGGAGUUGAACCGUUACAUACAUUCUUACGACUGCCUCUUAGAUGACCCAUUUGAGCACAACUGGCCCAAGCUGCCAGAACUGCCAGGAAUCAAUUACUCGAUGGAUGAGCAAUGCCGCUUUGAUUUUGGUGUGGGCUACAAAACAUGUACAGCUUUCAGAACAUUUGACCCCUGCAAGCAGCUGUGGUGUAGUCACCCAGACAAUCCUUACUUCUGUAAAACAAAGAAAGGACCACCCUUGGAUGGAACAGAGUGUGCUUCAGGCAAGUGGUGUUUCAAGGGUCACUGCAUCUGGAAGACUUCAGAACAACCUUACAGCCAGGAUGGCAGCUGGAGUUCCUGGUCCAAAUUUGGUUCCUGCUCCAGGACUUGUGGGGGUGGGGUGCGCUCUCGCAGCAGGAACUGCAACAACCCACCACCAGCCUAUGGAGGCCGUCAUUGCCCAGGUGCAACCUAUGAAUAUCAGGUUUGCAAUACAGAAGAUUGCCGGGGUCCCUAUGAGGAUUUUCGGGCCCAGCAAUGUUCCAAGCGAAAUUCCUAUUACACCCACCAAAGCUCGAAGCACACUUGGCUUCCUUAUGAACACCACGAUGAUGCCCAGAAAUGCGAGCUGAUUUGCCAGUCUGAGGAGACUGGAGAUGUGGUAUUUAUGAAUCAAGUCGUUCACGAUGGCACCAGGUGCAGCUAUAGAGACCCAUACAGUGUUUGUGUGAGGGGGGAGUGUGUGCAUGUUGGUUGUGAUAAAGAAAUUGGGUCUCUGAAGCAGGAUGACAAGUGUGGUGUUUGCGGAGGUGACAACUCCCAUUGCCGGACAGUUAAAGGGACUUUGGUGAAAUCUCCUAAGCAAGCAGUGGGUGCUUUGAAAAUGUUUGAGAUUCCAGCUGGCGCCAGGCAUGUUCAGAUUGAGGAGAUGGAGUCUGCUGCCCAUACACUUGCUGUUAAGAACCAAGCUUCUGGCAACUUCAUUCUUAACUCCAAGGGCAAAGAUGUAAAGAGCAACACCUUCCUCGAAAUGGGCUUGGAAUGGGAUUACACCGUUGAAAAUGGCAAGGAAAGCUUGAAAACCAGUGGACCCCUACAUGAAACCAUCAGCGUCCUGGUUAUUCCACAAGAUGAUGAUUCCAAGAGCAGCUUGAUGUAUAAGUACAUCAUCCAUGAAGAUCUCCUUCCUGUCAUUGGAAACAACAACGUCCUGCUUGAAGAAAUGGACACUUAUGAGUGGGCCCUUAAGAGCUGGUCUCAGUGCUCCAAAGCUUGUGGAGGAGGAAUACAGUACACAAAAUACGGCUGCCGCAGGAAGAGUGAUAAUCGAAUGGUACAUCGGAAUUUCUGUGAUAAUGGAAAGAAACCCAAGCCAAUCCGCAGGAGGUGUAACAUGCAAGAAUGCUCUCAACCAAUCUGGGGAGCAGAAGAAUGGGGAACCUGCAGCAAGUCCUGUGGCAAGCUGGGAGUCCAGGUCAGAGUGGUGCAGUGCAUCCAGCAUUUACACAAUGGCACAAACCGGACAGUGCACACCAAGUACUGCAUGGGAGAUAAACCGGACACCCGUCGGCCUUGCAGUCGCAUCCCUUGCCCUGCCCAGUGGAGGACAGGUGCCUGGUCUCAGUGCUCUGUCAGCUGUGGAGAAGGCAUCCAGCAGCGUCAGGUAGUCUGUAAAUCCAGUGACAACAGCAUUGGACAUUGUGAGAGCAACAAGCCAGAGACCAUCCAGGUUUGCAAAACAAUCACAUGCCCAGGAAAGCUAUCAAGUACAAAUGGAGAUACCGGGGAUCAUGUGACUCCAAAGGUACAAUGGGUGCCCCAGGAAAGUGCCAAAAAUCCUGUCAGCAAGAUAUCAUCAAAGGAGCCUUGCCUUGGAGACAAGUCCAUCUUCUGCCAGAUGGAAGUCCUGGCCCGCUACUGCUCCAUCCCUGGCUAUAACAAACUCUGUUGUGAAUCUUGCAGCAAAAAAGUCUCCACCAGUCAGCCUCCCAGCAGCGACCAAGGUGCUUCUGAGACUGGGACGCAUGGGGGUGCUGUCCUUCCCAGCCCCUUACCACAGCUGCAGUUCCACCCAACUGCCAUGAGUCAGCUGCACAGGCUAAAGGGUGCUGCUCUGAAAGAGGCAGAGGUGGCCCGUGGCCUAGUAGCCACCCAUGCUGGUUCCACAGCCUGUCAGGUGAAGACUGCUGUCCAGCCUCAGGGCAGCUCCAACAACGGCACUUCCAAAGCUGGUGUGCCACGACUUCUACCUCCUCCUCGGCAGGCCAUCGCAGGAUGGAGCGCUGAGGACCCGCAGAGCAGGCCAAUGUUCCCGUGGCUCCGUGCUGCCUUGAACAAUCCUGCAGCAGCAUCACAGAAAGAAAGAAAACCUCCUCUUCUUGCUCAAGACAUGGCAGGACGGAGAAAGGACAACAUGAUGGAGCCCGUCAAGCCAGCUCCCAGUCUCAGGACCUCUUCCUCUGUUGGGACAUGAGUGGGAAUGUCUUUUCCCAGGACUUUCUGUCCCCUUUUUCUUUCUCUGUCAUUCUCCACAGUUUACAUCGGUCAGAGCUGCAACGUUCCUGGGCCCCUUUCUGAAACGGAAGGAGAACUCAUCUCAAAGACAACCAUGGUCAUUUGUUCACGACAACAGCAACUAUUUUGUUGUUUGAUGGCACUUUUAUUUAAAGAAACAUACACAAAGAGUUGCAGCCACCGCCGUUCUGUUGUAAACAAGCUGCCAAGAGCAGUUGAACGCACAGUGCUUGUGUAGCCCACCUUAGAUUACCUCAAAGUGUGGCUUGAAGCAGCCGGGCUUUUUCUUCCAGGGUGCUAACAAUUAUUUAUUUUUUUGAUCAUGCAAUAAGCCAGACAAAACAAAGCAACCAAUUAUUAACUGAAGGAUUUUGGGUACUUGACCCCUGGUCACUGAGUCUCCACAAAUUCCACCAUUUGCUUCUGCUUUUGCUGCUCAGCCCUCUAGAGCAUGUUGAAUUCUGAUAUGGUGCUUCUUGCUAGUUCUAGUUUGAGUGAUGGUGGAUGGUGAGCGUGGUGUGUCAGGCCAUGCGGACUAAAGUGUAUCAUAUAGGAGAGAUAAGGAAGCCUAGUCUAGAAAGAAGGAAAGGUGUCCAUGGCUUGGAUUAAACCCCUGAGAUAGUGACAUAGCAUCCAUGCCUUGCUGAGCUGUUGUGUCGAAUCUCUUGGAAGAAUGAUUUGUUUUAAUCCCAAAGCCAUCACUGAAUGUAUCUUGAACUGUGUAUGAUCUAGCAACACCUUCAGGUCUGAAAUGAGGAGCCGCAUUUCAUGGCAGUGAUACUUACCAGUCAUAAAAUAUGAGUAUAUAGGAAAAUAAAAUCCAAUUUUCAUCCCAUCUACAGAUCCAUUGAAAUGAACGAGACUCAGAUCCCUUCCACAAAGCUGUAUAAAAUCCACAUUGAAUUGGAAUACAUGGCAGUGUGGGCUCAUAUAACCCAGUGCAAAGCAGCUAUUGUAGAUCAGGGGUCCUCAAACUAAGGCCCGAGGGCGGGAUACGGCCCUCCAAGGUCAUUUACCCGGCCCGAAGGCAGGAUAUGGCCCUCCAAGGUCAUUUACCCGGCCCAAGGGCUGGAUACAGCCCUCCAAGGUCAUUUACCCGGCCCGAGGGCAGGAUACGGCCCUCCAAGGUCAUUUACCCGGCCCGAAGGCAGGAUAC